AUGUUGAACAAAGCCCUGGAGGCGUUUGGUGAUCUUGGAGAUGACGAGGAACUAGGACCUGCUGAUUGGCCUACUGUUAAAAGAUAUAUUACAAGCUUGAAUGAUGUGGAAGGGGAAUGUGUGCACCCUCAUGCUGUAUCCGAGAGUGAUGGUAAUUUAGACCAUAUGAAUUUGAAAGAUAUACGCCUUCGCUUUUUAAAUG